AUGCGUACGCGCACAGGGCACGUUAGCGCGCGCGGUGACGACAUAUCUCGGCUUACGCGGUGUAUUGAGCGCUGUCAGCAUGAAAGGGUGUCAUCCGACGAUGCAGACGCAGAGCACUCCAUCGAAACAUGCCCACACGCCGCGUACGAGUGUCGCCCCAGCUGCUCGUGCUCGUAUAAUUGGCAGUAUUAUACUACGUGUCUGGGUCUUACGUUCACUGGCGGCAUUACUGCUGGCGAGAAGAAUACGGGCAGCUUGGCGCAAGCCCGUUGUGCUCCUGUGACACGCGAGGUAGCGCGGAAACUCGCGUCAGAAAUAGAGGGAGCCCACCUGCUAACGUACAACGCCGCUCUUCUCCGAGAGGCGAAGCGGCCAUUCAGAAAAGAGGCCGCUAUUGCAAAGCUAGUCGCAUCUCGCGUGGCACAAAAAGUGUCAAGCGCUUGUGUCGACCUGCUGGGCGGUAAUGGAUUUACACGCGACUACGGCCUUGAGAAACUCUACAGAGACAGUAAAAUUGGAAGCAUCUACGAAGGCACGUCGAAUAUUCUGCUUGAAACGAUUUCGAAAGAUGUUCAACAGGACUACUCCUCCCUCGUGGCCUGA